CUCCAACGCGACAACUUCCAACUCCCCCCAAAUUUCUUCACCUCGAAGCAAUUUCCCCCAACCCCUGACCCCGAUCCCCUCCUCCCUCCCCUCCGGCCACCGCGCCCCGAUGGCGGCCAACGUCAUGCUGGCGAUCCACGAGAAGAAGGCCGCGGCCGUCGACCUCUACCGCCCGCUCCGCCAGUACAUCGCCUCCGCCUACUCCGAGCGCGACGCGGCCACCGCCGACGACGACCUCUGUGCCGUGCGCGACCUCCGCGCCGCGGCCGUCGAGAGCCCCUCCCUCCCGGACUCCUCCUCCCUCGAGCAGCGCCGCGCCGCGCUCCUGGCCUACGCCCGCGCGCUCGCCCUCGUGGAGCCCCGCUUCCCCAUCUCCCCCGACCGCGCCCACGUCCACUCCCUCUCCUUCACCUGGCACGACGCCUUCAAGACCAACAAGAAGGUCGGCCUGCCCUCCGUCCACCUCGAGAAGGCCGCCGUGCUCUUCAACCUCGGCGCCGUCUACUCGCAGAUCGCGCUCGCCGCCGAUCGCACCACCGACGUCGGGAUCAGGACCGCGUGUGGCGCGUUCCAGAGCGCCGCGGGGGCCUUUGCCUGGCUCAGGGAGAGUGGGGUCGCUGCCAAGGCCGUCGCCGCGGGGGCCACCACCGUCGAUGUCACGCCCGACUGCGCGGCCAUGCUGGAGAAACUCAUGCUGGCACAGGCGCAGGAGUGCUUCUUUGAGAAGGUCAUAGCUGGUGGGAAGCCGCCCGCGCUAUGCUCCAAGGUGGCGCGCCAGGUGGGCGUAUUCUACGAAGAAGCUUAUGCAGCUCUCUGUGCACCUCCUCUUAGUCAGCACUUUGACAGGACAUGGGUUUCUCAUGUCCAGCUCAAGGCAGCUCAAUUCUAUGCUGAUGCUUGCUAUAGGUUUUCAUUGGAUCUUCAUCAGCAAGAAGAAAUUGCUCAGGAAAUUGCACGCCUAAAGAUUGGAAUGAACGCCUUGGCUGAUGCCAAGAAGGCAGCUAAGGGAGUUGCUGCGCCACUUCUGGAUUCUGUUAAUAAGCUGGAGAGUAACAUGAAAACCAACUUGGAUAGGGCCAUGAAGGAGAACAAUAGUGUUUAUCUGAUGCGGGUUCCUGAGGCGGGUACUUUGGGAGCUCUUCCUGCAGCUUCCCUUGUAAAAUCUACUUCUUUGGCUGAAGUUCUAGAUGCUAGCAAUGAGAGGCUUUUUUCAUCACUUGUGCCUGAUGGCAGCAUGAAGGCCCUUUCUAAGUACACAGAGAUGGUAGAUGAUAUCAUUCGGACCCAGGCAGAGAAACUUCAGCAAUCUAGUGAGAUCACUAGAGUUAGGCUGAAGGAAAUGGACUUGCCUGAUUCUAUUCUAUCAUUGGAAGGUAAUGUCAGCAUACCUGCAGAUCUGAAGGAAGAUGUUGAGGCUGUUCAGAUAAGCGGUGGUCCUGCUGGCUUGGAAGCUGAGUUGCAGCAGCUUAGAGAUUUGAAUAGGGUCAAUCAGGAGUUGCUUGUUCAGACUGAAGAGAUGCUGCAGAAGGAGGCAAGUGAAGAUGCUCAAUUCCGGACGCAAUUCGGAAGUCGGUGGACUAGGCCUCAAUCAAGCACCCUAACAAAGAACAUUCAAGACCGAUUGAAUCUUUUUGCUGGUAAUCUUAAAAAAGCGGCUGCGAGUGAUGCUUUGAUCGGACGAGAUGUGAAGGAGAGCUACCCCUUGAUGUCUAUUCUUGACAGAAGACCGAUAGAGUCUGCACUACCAAGUAUUUCAAGGCCUAUCAUGUCCUUGGAUGGGAAUGAAGAUGCUAUCGUUGGAGCCCUUAAACAAAGCUUGAGGCAACUGGAAUCUCUUGGUGCACAAAGGGCAGGCCUUGAAGAUCAUCUCAAGGAAAUGAAGAGAAAGGAUGAUAUACUCCCUAAGUUGAUGGCUGGUGUUGGAGCACAUGAUGAUCUUUUUAGGAAGGAGAUUGCGAAGUACGAUCCUAUCUGUGCUGAAAUUGCUGAUAACAUUGUAGCACAGGAACAAUCAUUGUUGCAAAUACAGGAACAAAAUGCGCAAUUUGCUGCUGUAUUCACUCUAGAUGAUUACAAAGUUGCUCGUGAGAGAUGUUACAAGCAAAUUGCUGCAGCUGUUGCUAAAUACCAGGCAAUUAAGAAGAACAUGAAUGACGGCCUAAAUUUUUACGUGUCUUUACAGGAUGCAACCGGCAAGAUACAACAGCAGUGCAGUGACUUCAUAAUGACGCGGAACAUCCAAUGCCGUGAAAUGAUCGAGGACGUGCAAAGAAAGUUAGCAGGUUUCAACUUGUCAUCUUCCAGCCACAACACUAACACGCUGAGGAGCUCUUCCGUUCCACCGGAUCAGCACAGUCCACCACCGUCACAUGCACCUCAUGCUCAGUCCUCGUACGGUGCUCCACCUGGGGGUGACCCGAGGCCAGUUUACUCCCAACCAGAGUCAAGACCUCCGUACUCGCAGCCAUACCCCACCUAUGGUGCGCCACCGCAGCAGCCUCCAUAUGGCGCAGCACACCCUGGUCAGUACCAGCAGCACCCGCAGCAGCAUCAGCCACCUCCUGGCCAUGACUAUGGCCAACCAGCGUAUCCCGGGUGGCGCGGGCCGUACUACAAUGGGCAGCAGCCACAGCCACAGCCGCGGUCGCAGCAACCAGGGCCGUAUCCACAAGCACCGUACAGUGCCCCAGGCGCGUACCCUCCUCAUCACCAGAGCAACUACUACAGGCCUCAAUGAAAGACCAUCUUGGUCUGGAGGAACGAUUUGUUCUCUUGAUUUUUCUCGCGGAUAUGUGUGCUUAUGGAUUCCAUUCUUGUGUAUACUGGCAUACUAGUUACGAGUUCCGGUGGAGUAAUGUCAAUUGUGCUCGGGUUGGUUAGGCGGUAGCCUGUAUGAUAUGUACGUGUAAUAAUGCAAUUGGCGUGCCAUUGCUUGGCUUCAGUAUUUGGAUUAUGGAAAUGAGGAACGAUUAUUUUUUUCUCA